AGAGGAGGUAAGGCAGUCAGGUAAGAAAGCGGGCGAGCGAGUCCUCGGCUUCUCGGCGGAGGUGGGAGGCAAAAGUGGUAGUGGAGGAGAGCGUGAAGUGAGUUUUCGCUCGCGGCGUUCGCUCGCCCGCUCGCUCGCUCGCUCGCUCGCUCGCGUAGCAGAAGCGAGUCCCCCGUCAGUCGUCUACGCGGUUCCGCGGUGUCGCGGUACCCGAUGAUACCGUCAUACCGCGAGUAAUAAAGUGCUGCCUUCCCCUGUCUCUGCCUAUACCCGUCCGCUCGAUCUCUCGCGAUUUCUCGCCUCCCGCGCGCGGACGUGCGACGCGAGCAUCCGGUCGACCGCUGCUAAAAUGGCCGCGCGCUGAGAGAGCUCCUCCGGGUACCUGGUGCCGCCGGCUCUCUCUCUCUCUCUCUCUGUCUUUCUGUCUCUCUAUCUCUCCGCGGACUCGUCUCUUCGACCAUACAGUGCUCGUCCUCGCGCGAGGGCUCGUUCCUUCUUGACGAUGAUGUCAGCGCGGAAACGCCUCGGAUAGGAUCCUCCGCGCGCUAAGGAAGGCAGGAAGGAAAAAGGAAGCCGGAGGAACCGAAGAGCGGACCGAAGCCAGAUCGGCCUCGCCGAAGCGAGCAGCGGCGGCUGGACUUCGCCCAUGGGCAGGGCGGUAGAGAUCAAAAGCAGCAGCAGCAGCAACAGCAGGUGGAUCUAGCAGGGAGUGUAAGGAGGAAAAUUCCACCGGCGGAGGCGUGUUACUUUUUGCCGGAGAUCGUUUCCUCCCCUUCCUCCGCGCGAAAGAGGAUGUCGCGGAGAACGGGACGCCCGACGCUCCUCGCGUCGCUUCUGACGACGCUGCUGCUGGUGGCGGUGACGUCCUGGCGGCUCGCCCACGCUCACGUGGCUCUGACGUUCCCGCGAGCCAGGCACUACGAUCUCGACUUCCUGGAUAACGCCAGGACGCCGGCGCCGUGCGGCAUGCCGCGUGGCCACGUCAAGACGUCGUUACUGGCAGGAAGCAAUUUCAACGUCACGUGGCACCUCGCCUAUCCCCACAGGGGAGGAUUUCGUCUUCAGAUCUUAGAUUUUUACGACAGACCUCUGCUCGACUUGACGCCCAUCACGCAAAACAGCGAGUUUGUCGAGAACGAUGCUACGGCGCAGAGCUACGCCGUGCAGCUGCCGCAAGAUUUCACCUGCACGGACUGCACCAUCAGGCUGCUGCGAGAAGCCGAGGAAUGGGGCUCCAGUUACAGAUUUUGGUCGUGCGCUGACAUCGACAUUCACAGUAGGAAGGAUUAUCGGGAGGACUGUAGCGGUCACGGACGUUACCUGCUAGGCAGGUGCAGGUGCGACCGUCUCUAUCACGGCACGAGGUGCGAAUUUAAGGAGGAGUGCCUGGACGACUCGGAUUGCGGUAUUCAGGGCACGUGCAUCGACAAUGGCGGCACGACCGCGCCUACCAAGCAUUGCUACUGCAACGCCGGCUGGUUCGGUCCGGGUUGCGCGAAGAGAUCACCGGUGAAGAGCAUCGAUGUAAAUUUGGACGAAUACACGAUGAAGCGAUUCUCCGACGAUGUCAUAUUUUACUGGCGGAUCCUAAAGGAGAGCAAGGAGCUGGAGGGCAUUCUCAUGGCCAACUCCACGACGUGGAUCGGUAUCGGGUGGAGGCCCAGCGAUCUCGGUCCGUCUUGCCGAUCGUUCCCCAUAAUCAAGGAUAUACCCGAGCCACUUCCGCGGCCGGAGCCAAAAUCGGAACCGGUCGGCAAAUCGAAGGAUCCCAAACCGGAACCGGAGCCAGAACCAGAGCCGGAGCCGGAGCCCGGCUUGGAGGGUGAGAAGUCGAUAGCGAAGAGACGAUCGGCAAAGGCGGACGCCGCGACUUUCGAUGUAACAUCGCGACCGGAUGCUGAUGUCACUGUGCAGACCAGCGUGACCUAUCAAGUCAGCACGAAGCAAGGUCGCAAGAGGAGAUCUCCAAAAUCAGCCGCAGUCCCUGCGCUCGGGAAACAGGUCGGCGAGUCCAGCGGUGUCACCGAGCCAGAAACCACUUCUGAACCGGAACCCACCUCUGAGCCAGAACCAAAAUCCGAACCUGAACCCAGCUCCGAGCCAGAACCGAAAUCCGAGCCUGAACCCAGCUCCGAGCCAGAGCCGAAAUCCGAGCCUGAACCUAGCUCUGAGCCGGAGCCGAAAUCCGAACCUGAACCUAGCUCUGAGCCAGAACCGAAAUCCGAGCCUGAACCCAGCUCCGAACCAGAGCCGAAAUCCGAGCCUGAACCUAGCUCUGAACCGGAACCAAAAUCUGAGCCUGAACCUAGCUCUGAGCCGGAACCAAAAUCCGAGCCCGAACCAAAAUCUAAGCCUGAACCUAUCUCCGAGCCAGAGCUGAAAUCCGAACCGGAGCCAAAGUCCGAGCCAGAACCCAAUUCUGAGCCGGAGCCGAAGUCCGAGCCGGAGCCAAAAUCCGAGCCUGAACCUAGUUCUGAACCAGAACCAAAAUCCGAGCCGGAACCUAGUCCCGAGUUGGAACCAAAAUCUGAACCGGAACCGAAAUCUGAGCCAGAGCCGAGCUCGGAACCGGAGCCAAGUGUGGGUCCGAAGUCGGGAGCGACGAAAGCAUCGUUGCCGGCGCCGGGGCAUAAGUACACGCCCAAGCACGACUUCAACCCCAUGGACUGCACGGACAUCAUAAUUGGGACGGCGCGCGGGACGAGCUACAGGAUCGGCGAUUAUUACACGAGGGACAGGUCGACGCCGCGCAAGGACGCGUACUGGGACGGGAGGGACAGCCUGACGGCCGCGUUCGGCUACGAGCGCGACGGCGUCACAACGAUGCUCUUCCGCAGGAAAUUGGCCGCGAACGAGCCGACCGAUCACGAGAUCCGCGACGGCAAUAUGCAAGUGAUUUGGGCGAAAGGUCAAGAGCCGGGCAGGUACAUACACCAGCCGGCUAGCGGGAUCGAAAAGGCCAAGGUCGGCGUCAAAGACUUCUACAAGGUCGACGAGCUCAAAUAUCACGGCCAUGGAAUGCAGAGAGGCGCGGUCACCAUGAAUUUCUUCGAUGAAGCUAAAAACCCGGAAUUCGCCGGCGGUGUGGCGUCGCAAGAUGGUACCUGCGGUGGCCAGUGGCGUUAUCCGAGAAAUUGCUCACCGGAAAAUGGCACUUGCGAAUACGCCAUACAAUGGACGUAUAAGGGUAAAAAGGAUCUGAUAACGUUCGUAAUCUCCACGACGAAUACCAAUAUGUGGACCGGAGUUGGAUUUUCCGACGACAGUAACAUGUCGCAAACCGAUGCCAUUCUCGGCUGGGUCGAUAAAACGAAUGGUCGGGCAUUCGUGAUGGACACCUGGAUUAGCGGCUACAACGCGCCGUUGCUGGACCCGUCGCAGGACAUCUACAACAUCAGCGGCCGCAUCGAGAAUGGCGUAACUACCCUCCGGUUCUCGAGAAAACGCGCAACGAAGGACAACAGGGAUCUCUCGUUUACGGACGAGCACUGCCUGUAUAUGAUGUUUCCGGUGAAGGGGGGCGUAUUCAAUCCGAUCAAUAAGAAGAUUCGAAAACACGACGCGAAACCGGUCGUUUCGUCAGACAGAAUAUGCAUUAAGUCUUGCGGACUGGAAGGAAUUGAAGACCAAACCACGCCCGCGCCACCAAGAUUGCAUUACGAUAUUGAAGUCAAGCUCGUUAACUUGGGUGACGGAUUUAUAGCCCCCACACCCGACAGUCCCGACUUCGAAGUGAUCUCGAACCGGAUAUCGGAGAGCUUCGGACCGGUCUUCGAGAAGCUCCCGGGCUACUAUCAAGUCCGACUCGACGAGUUGCGCAAAGAUAACGAACAGGGAGUGAUCGCGCGUAUGAACCUGAUCGUCGACAAGAACGAGGUCAAGGGGAGAUCGUUGAAACCCGCGGACACCGGCUUAGAAGCGGAAAAAGCGUUGCGCGAGGCCCUCGUGACCGGUAAGGUCGGGGCACUCAGUGUCGAUCCGCAGUACUUAAUAGUCAGAGCACCCCGAGUGAACGAUAUAGAGACGGAAGACGAGAACGAUCGACCAUCUUCCGCGACGGUCUUGUUCCUGAGCGCGACAAAGCUUUACAUCGUCGUCGGUUGUGUAGCAGCGUUACUGGCCCUCGCUCUGCUCCAAGCCAGUUGUACGCUCUACAGGAGCUCGAAGAGACGAGCGACCAAGAGGGUGUACUCGCUGCCUCUGGCUUCCUCCGACGCGCCCAACCCGAUUCAUCGCACGAACGCGACGCGGUAUCAUCGUCAACAAAACGGCGAUCAUCAUCACCACCAUCACAACAACAACAACACCAACAACCACCACCACCAUCAUCAUCACCAUCAUCAGCCUCGACAUCACUACGCCCCGUCUGAAAUGCAUCGGCCUAAUCCCAGCUGGUAGAGCUUCUCGUCGAGCAUAAUCGGUGCGCAAUGUCACACACUCGUCCCCACGUUCUUUCGCUCUAAUUCAGAUAUCUUACUAACUCGCUCUCUUAUCCGACUGUCUCUCACUCUCUGCAUGUGUUCUGCGCCUUUACCUCGCUACCAAGCUUUUCCCGUUCGACUUUUUAUACUAAUAUGGGAUUGUUAAGUUAAUAAUUAACUGUGUUUUUAUCUACUCUUUAAAUGUAUGCAUCGAUAGAUCUAUCGUAGACAAAUCUUUUUUCUUACGUGUUAUAAAACAAACACAUUUGAAAUACAUAAAGCAUCAUAAUUUCUACUUAAAAAAUAAAAGCAUAAUUUUGAAAAAAUAAAAAAUAAAAUUUUGGAAAAUUUCUACAUAUCUACAUUCUUCGCAUAUUCUAAACACGUUGGUUUUUUUUGCGUAGGAACGUUUGAUCGCCAGUAAUGCUUGGAAGGACUAUGCUUCCGGCGCGAACACGAACUUUGCGUUUGAGGCGUUCGAGACGGAGGAGAAAGCGCCACCGCCACCGAUUUCCAGCCUGCCGAGAGCC